GGGCAGACAGCAAAUGUGGAUGAAGUUUUGAAAAGAAGAAGGAAAAAUCUGCAGAAGGGGAGAGGUGUGGAUGAAGUUUUGAAAAGAAAAAAAAUCUACGGUGGGGUUUGGGGAGAGAGAGAGGCGUGAAUGGCAUUUGGGCAACGACCAAUGGGGAUGAAGUUUUGAAAGAAAUCUAGAGGGAGAGAGAGGUGUCUUCUGAUUCACAGAGAUCAGCUUUUUGGUGGCGUCUGAUUUCGCCAAAUCAGACGCGUCGUCAAUAUCCCUCCUCUUCUCACGACAGUGGUGCUCUCUCCUCCUCCUCAAGUGGUGGGUGGCGGCUGCCAUCGGAUAAUGCAUUGUAAUCCUCCCCCGACAGCAUCCAUAUGACGCCAUGGCCAUCACUCUCCUUCUCUCCUUUUCCCCUCCAUUUACCAGCAACCAAAUUUCCUCUUCCUCCUCCUUGUUCUCACUGUCAACAUCUUCAUCAUUUUCAUCCGUAGCAACUAGACUCUUCCCACCCACCAAUUCUCUUAUCCUCUUCGACCUGAUAAGCGGAGGCCGAAGGAAGAGGAGGAUCGGUGGUAUCUCGAGAGCUUCCUUGAGUGGGUGGCAGGAAUACGAGGACGCAGUGAGAGAGAAAGACCUCGAGAGAGCACUCAAGUUCCUGGAAUCCCUCGAUGACGGCGAAGGCGAUGGUGUUGGUUCCGCCGUCCUUCCUCCGUUGGAAUCCUCAUCCUCUCCUCCAUCCUCUUCUGCGUCGACGAGGAGGAAACGGCAAGCCAUCGUGGAUGGGAGGAGGGCCGAGCGCGACUGGGAGAUCCUCGACGCCUGCAUCAACGCGGACGACAUGAAGUUGGUAGGCUCCGCCUAUUCCUUCCUUCAGUCCAGGGGGUUUAUACCCACAUUCGGCAAGUUUCAGAACGUUGUAUUGGAAGGACCAAGAGAAGUGACUCCAGCAGUUUUAAAAUCAUUAACUGGCUUGGAAGCUUCCAAGCUUUCUCCCAAGAAAUGGGGUCUUUCAGGAACUUCCAGUGCUAUACUGCUUGCCUUCCUUGGUGGUACAUCAUUUCUUGUUUCUCAAGGGAUAGAUGUAAGGCCCAAUCUAGCUGCUGUGCUAGGCCUUGCUUGGCUGGACUCAGUUUUCCUAGGUGGCUGCUGUGUUGCUCAAAUAUCAUGUCUUUGGCCGCCAUAUAGGCGUAGAAUUCUUGUUCAUGAAGCAGGACAUCUUCUAGUAGCAUAUCUCCUGGGCUGCGCCGUUCGUGGUGUGAUUUUGGAUCCCAUUGUAGCAAUGCAGAUGGGCAUACAAGGGCAGGCUGGAACCCAGUUUUGGGAUGAAGGGCUGGAGAAUGAGCUUUCAGAGGGGAAGCUUACUGGUCCUACUUUUGAUAGGUACUGCAUGGUGCUUUUUGCGGGGAUUGCAGCCGAAGCUCUUGUAUAUGGAGAUGCUGAAGGUGGUGAAAAUGAUGAGAACCUAUUCCGGAGCAUAUGUGUACUUCUUCAACCUCCAUUGAACACUGCACAGAUGUCGAAUCGGGCAAGGUGGUCUGUGCAGCAAUCGUACAAUCUUCUAAAGCGCCAUAGAGCUGCUCAUAGAGCUGUAUUUAAAUCUCUAGAAGCCGGUAGGAGUCUUGGUACCGUUAUAAGGAGCAUUGAGGAAGCAAUGAUGUGAUUACAAAGAUUUGGAAGAACCUUGGUUUCUCUCUCUCUAAAACAUCUGUCAUGUUUCAACUAAUCUAGAAAAAUCUUACUCGUCUCCAUGCCAAGUCUUGAUUUUGCUAACUUCUCACUCGAUUCUGCUGAAGAAUGCUCUGGAGCUUCCCAGCAGGUUAUGGAACCAUGUACACGGGUUCUCCAUUUUGACUUACCACAUCACAGCCCUCUUACAAUAAGUCGCAUUGUAAAUUCUAUAAAGCAUCUAAUCCUUGAAACCCCGGCUACAUCCAUGUGUUGGUGUUUCAUUUAUUUGUCCAGUAAAUUUUGGAUCAUUGUGUGUACAGGCUGUAAAGUCCGAUCUUAAUUUGCUUGUAUAGCCAAGAACAUUCAUGGAACUUGUACCUAUAUGUUAUAUAAAGAGGAUAUGCAUGGACUUCGGGAUUGAUCCACCAAAAAUUUUGAGUCCAUUUGCUUGA